GUGACGUCACCCUGAACCAGCACUUUGUAACUCCAGUGUUUUCAGUUUUUGUCACGCCUGUUCUCGCACUCAAAGAUUUCCGUCCCGGAUCUGCUAAUCCAAGGGAAGAAGCGUUAUAGCACGGCUGCUGUUUUCUCGCCUCCAGCUGUCCGACACUAAUUUAGCACUGAGAAGUUACCCCGGGUGAAAUUAGUCAGCUUUAGCCAGUACAAAAUUUAUCACGCAGCAGCGCGUUUUCACCGGUUUCUGUUCUUUCCCGUCCCAGCGGACCGAGGACUAUGGUGUUACUGAAAAACCUCCAACCUCCCACCGAGGGAGUGAGACACGAACAAGCCGAGACCACGGCGGUGAUGGACGGCCAGCGGCUCGGCUGCGGCACCCUCUACGUCGCAGAAACGCGCCUGUCGUGGUUUGACAGCUCAGGCCUGGGUUUCUCUCUGGAGUAUCCCUCCAUCGGACUGCACGCCAUCUCCAGAGACGUCAGCGCUUACCCACAGGAACACCUCUACGUCAUGGUCAACGGCAAACUCAACAAAGAGAACGAGGCAGAAAUGGCAGAGAAAGCAGCUGAUGAUGAUGAUGAUGAUGAUGAUCAUGACGGCAGCAGUGAUGGUGGUGACGAUGAUGAAGACGAAGGGACGAUCACAGAGAUUCGAUUUGUUCCCAGCGACAAAGCGGCAUUGGAGUCCAUGUUCUCAGCCAUGUGCGAGUGCCAGGCGCUUCACCCCGAUCCCGAGGAUGACGACUCGGACAACGACUUUGAAGGAGAGGAGUACGACGUGGAGGAAGCCGAGGCUGAGCACGGUCACGCUGACAUCCCGACCUUCUACACCUGCGACGAGGGCCUGUCGGCGCUAACGCAGGAGGGUCAGGCCACGCUGGAGAGGCUAGAGGGGAUGCUGGCUCAGUCAGUCGCUCAGCAGUACCACAUGGCUGGAGUCCGGACGGAAGAAACAAAAGCCGAGUUUGAAGAUGGGAUGGAGGUGGACACAGCAGCGAUGGAGGCGGGUCAGUUCGAGGAUGCUGACGUCGAGCACUGAUGGAAAUCGUGUCUGCAGCCAGUCAAAGCAUCAGUGUUGCAUCGUGGGAUAGAAGACAAGGACAACAGCACUUCUUUAAAGCUCUUACUCUCUUUUCUGUGAAACCUUUUACCGCUCAGCUUCUGACAUCUGCUCUGAACCAUCAUGUGGUUUCUGUUAAUUCGAUAACGGUCACAUCGACAUACUGUCAGGCACUUCUGUAACAAAGCUACUCUGGACUUUUGAGAUGCAGUCCUGAACGUGUUUGUAAAACCAACUAACGCUGAGUUUUUGUUUGUUUUGUACCUAAUGACCAAUUGAAUAUUUGAUGUUUUUGCUGAGGACAGUGGAUCUUUGUAUGUGAUUGUCAAUAAACAAGUAGUUUUUGUAUCA